AUCACCGUAAAAGUGCUUCUAAUAGCCUUCACUGGUCUCCGUCUAUUGGUCAAUAUAUAUGUCAAUGCAUACCAUAAGUCAUAUUUCCGUUUUCCGCACUGGAGGAAAGGGGAGUUUACGGGAAGCACCUGAACGUAACACAACAUUACCAGCACUCCGGCGGCUGACAAGAGACAAGAUGCAGACUAUAAAGUGUGUGGUGGUUGGUGAUGGUGCUGUGGGAAAGACUUGCCUGCUCAUCUCCUACACCACCAACAAGUUUCCCUCCGAAUACGUCCCCACGGUUUUUGAUAAUUAUGCAGUGACGGUGAUGAUUGGCGGCGAGCCAUACACUCUAGGACUGUUUGACACUGCAGGUCAGGAGGACUACGACAGGCUGCGACCCCUCAGCUACCCUCAGACCGACGUCUUCCUCGUCUGUUUCUCUGUCGUAUCGCCUUCCUCUUUUGAAAAUGUCAGAGAGAAGUGGGUGCCGGAGAUUUCCCACCACUGCCCUCGGACGCCCUUCCUGCUGGUCGGGACUCAGGUGGAUCUGAGAGACGACAGCAACACUCUGGAGAAACUGGCCAAGAACAAACAGCGAGCUCUGACCUGUGAGAGCGGAGAGAAACUGGCCCGUGAGCUGAAGGCCGUCAAAUACGUGGAGUGUUCAGCUCUCACACAGAGAGGACUGAAGAACGUGUUUGACGAGGCCAUCCUGGCAGCUCUGGAGCCUCCAGACAACAAACCCAAGAAGCGCUGUGUCCUGCUAUAGAUGCCACCGGAUGGAGGAGGAGGAGAAGGUGGUGGAGGAGGAGGACGGAGGGGAAGAGAUGAACAGAGGGAGGAGGGAGGAGGGAGGGUGUGGAGGUGGACGAGGUAGAGACACAUGUUUAAACAGUGCCUUCAGCCGUAGUGGCUUAAUGUGGGUGUGGUGUUGCAAGAGACGGGCUCUCGACAGGCUUUGUUUUCAUCCUAGAUGCGUGUCGAUUAUAACAUGACUAACACACGUGAACAACACUCCUCACUAACCAGGAAACGGGGUUUUAAUUAAUUAUAGGAGGAUGCAGGUUGAGCAAUAGAGAGGGUUGCACCUCAGACGCCUUAAAGAUACAAAACGGUGGGUGGAGUCACGGUUACAGCUCAAACUGCCAACCGCCUUCUCAAAAUGAUGACAUUUCUCAAAAGAGUUCUGCUUUAGUCAAACGUUCAAGAAUUGUAUAAAAUUUCUGAAAAAGAUCACGCUGCCGUCUUUCAUUUAUUGGAAUUUCUGGUGAGGCUGAACUGCUGUAGAUGUGCUUCCUGCAGCGGUUUGGAAAGUCUGGACAUUGAAAUUUAACUGACGGUUACAAUGAGUACAUGCACACUCAUACUCCACUGUUUUUACAAAUAUGACAAUAUUCUGAAUUUUAUUUUAUAGGUCAUGUCAAAAGCAUAUUCUGUUUGGACAUUCCAAAUAAGGCCUUUUUCCGAAUUCAGCAUUUUCCGAUUAAGACAGGUGAUAUGCCGGUAUUAUUCGGGUUUUAGGAGCAUUUGGAAUAUGCGUCUCUAUCAGGGUUUUUUACUGCAGUUUGCACCAUUUUACAGCUUCCGUCAGCUCUGUGCGUUGCUAUGGUUGUUGUAAACAACCAGCCAACAGUUUGCGGUAGAGAUGCAUGCCCAAAAGAAAAGCCCACAUCUCUGGUUGGAAGGAGAAACACAGAUCAUUUUAAACAUUACGACAGACUUGGAUAUCAACAGGUUUAUGGACAAAGAUCACAACGCCGACCUUUUCAAGAACGUAAAUGAAGGAAUGAAAUAGGGAGGCUGUGUUCGCACGGUCCAACAAGUCCGCCAACUUUGACAAGAAAUCCUAUUUUGCACAUCUGCAUGUAAACCCAAAUAAUAGUGCAAUAUUCACUUCCAUUAGCUUAGUCGGAAUUUUGUCUUUGUUUUUUGUUUUGUUUUUCGGAAUAAGGGCCAAAACUGGAAUAUUAUGUGCAUGUAAACGUAGUCUGUGUCACACUUGCAACUGAUAGAAAUGUGUCUGAACUCACAGUAUACUAAGGUUAGAAAAACAUUCUUUAAAAUGGAAAAUAUAAAAAAAUAAAACAA